CUUUUAUAACGUGAGGUUGACAAUAAUUGGGAGUCCAAUACUGUUUUCAUAUCCUACCAUGAAUUCCGUGAUCAGAACUAACUUGUUGCGUCUCAGCCCACGUUGGAGCGCUCGCUCGGUAUCGCUGUUGGCUUCCAAGCCCGUGUCGCCGACGUGGUCGAAUCUCAUGGGCGCUUCCUCAGUUUCUCCUUCGGCCCGUUUCUUUUCAGCUUCGGAAAAGCUCGUUACUCUCUUGGGCCGUGAAUACUCAGAGGAGAUUCAAAAUGAGACAAACAAAAUGCCUGCUGAGCUCAUCAAGUUGCAGUCAGAUCUUGAGAAGGAGUGGAAGAUUGUCGACGACGGCGCCAGUACACGCAUGUUCCGAACCGCCGGCCCCACCAAGAUUCAAGUCUCGUUCCAUUGCCAAGACUCCGUGGAAUCCGAUGACUACCCAUACAGUGACAAUGAAGAAUUUGAAGGUGAGGAAGGUAAUGAAAAUGCCGAAGCUACCGGAGAAGACAAUGAUUCCUUGGAACCUUCCGUUCCAGUUCGAUUUUCCGUCACGGCGACCAAGGCCGGCAAGAGUCUUGUCUUGGUAUGCCUGUCGGAGGACGCGUCUCCACGCAUCCACUCGGUCAGCAUCUCAACUCAGGAUGUGGAAGUGAUUCAUCAAACAGGGAUCGGAGCGACUCAGUAUCAGGGACCAGAAUUCGGGGAGCUUGCAGAAGAUUUGCAGGAGGCCUUUCAAAAUUUUUUGGAGCAAGAUGUGGGUAUUAGUCAAGAAGUUGCCUCGUUUGUUGCCAUGAUGGCAGAUUACAAAGAGCAAGCUCAAUACACGCAAUUCUUGGAUGAUGCGAAGGCGAUUCUUUCGAAGUAGGUUGGCUUUGAACCUUUCUUGAGAGGUCUGGCACUAUCUCUAUCUUUUAGACGAGU